CGGCGUCUGCUCUCUGCCUUCCGCUCCAGGGCCGCUCAGCCGGAGAGAUGAACGUGGGCACGGCGCACAGCGAGGUGAACCCCAACACCCGGGUGAUGAACAGCCGCGGCAUCUGGCUCUCCUACGUCUUGGGCAUCGGCCUCCUGCACGUCGUUCUCCUCAGCAUCCCUUUCUUCAGCGUCUCCGUCGUCUGGACUCUGACCAACAUCAUCCACAACAUGAGCAUGUACAUCUUCUUGCACACGGUCAAGGGAACGCCGUUUGAAACUCCCGACCAGGGGAAAGCCCGGCUCCUCACCCACUGGGAGCAGAUGGACUAUGGCGUGCAGUUCACCGCUUCCCGCAAGUUCCUGACCAUCACACCGAUCGUGCUCUAUUUCCUCACCAGCUUCUACACGAAAUACGACCGGACGCAUUUCAUCAUCAACACCAUCUCCUUGAUGAGCGUCUUGAUCCCAAAGUUACCCCAGCUUCACGGCGUCCGCAUCUUUGGGAUCAACAAAUACUGAACUUGGUGGGGGGCGUUUUGUAAGUGAGCUGUGGGAGACCAGGCUGAGGACCCUGUGUUUCCUUAGUUUUUGCCUGCCUCUGUGGGGGAAUUCUGUUCCACAGCAGCUCUUUUUUCAGCGGGUGCAUCUUGUACAGGAUUCCAAGAUCUGACAAGACUUGACCAGCCGCGGCGACGCUUGGAUCUCGGAUAGAGUUUAGCUUUACAGAGAGACCCAAGGGAGAGCUCAAAUUGAUUUAUUUUUCCUCGUGAGAAAAAUAUCGAUGCAGACAAUGCAGAGAUUUUUUUUUAAAGGUACUCGUAGCUUAUUCUGUGGGUAGGAAGGACAUCCAGCCCCAAAAGCUGAACAGAUUUAGAAAAUGGUAGCAGCCCGUUGUCGCGAGAGUGACAUUUAGUUUUUUCUAGCAAAUGCACUUUAACCGGAAAAAAAAUUUCGGAGAAUUUUGAGUUGCUCGUUGAAAGGGCUAAUAAAAAAAAAAUCUUAAGAUGUGCAUCAGCAACAAGGGGUAGACAGAUUUCCCAUAAUUUGGAAACCUUAGUUGAUAAUGUAUAGAGAUCUUUAAUUAUUUGGUAGGCCAGUGGGAGAGAAUGUCGAUACUUCUGCAGGAUCAGGAGCUUCUAUUCCCAUUAAAAGCGAUGCUGUUCUGAGUCUUACUUGGAAGAAAAUCCUUCAGCAAUUUCCAAACAGCUGUAGGGAUCAGUGAAACUAAGGUGGAGUAGAAUUCAUGUCCACUUAGUUGCUUUAUCUUCCUUCGAUUUAGUCGAUUGAAGAAAGCAGCCCCUCCCUCAAAACCUGUUAUGACAUUUGGCACCAACAGCAAUUUUUAAGAGACUGCAGUUUGGUCCUCUGGACAUAAAGAAAGAUUGUUUGAAUAAAGUUCUGAUAAUAUUUGGAGUAUAAA